CUCCUAACCAAUUCAUGUGUCAGGAAGAGCAUGGCAACAUGAGCAACGCUGAGAUAAUUGGUUCUACUAAUCUUAUAAUUCUGCUAGAGGAUGAAAUCUUUGCUGAUUUUUUCAACACAUUCCUUUCUCUUCCGGUUUUUGGUCAAACACCGUUUUACACUGUUGAAAAUUCACAAUGGAGCUUGUGGCCAGAAAUACCUUAUGACUUGGUUGCCAAGUACAAAGGAUUAUUGACUUGGUUGGAAAAAUACCGACUACCUUUCUUCUGUAAAACAAACUUGUGUUUCCAUUAUAUUCUCUGUCAGGAGUUUAUCAGUUUCAUUAAGUCCCCAGAAGGAGCCAAGAUGAUGAGAUGGAAAAAGGCAGACGAGUGGCUACUCCAGAAGUGCAUUGGCGGCGUCAGAGGGAUGUGGCGCUUCUGUUCCUACCUCAAGGGCAGUGCAGGUGAAGAGUUGGUGGAUUUCUGGAUCCUUGCCGAGAAGAUCCUGAGCAUAGAUGAGAUGGACCUGGAAGUGAGAGACUACUACCUGUCCCUCCUUCUCGUGCUGAAGGCCACCCAUCUGCAGGAGGGUUCCAGGGUGGUAACUCUCUGCAACAUGAACAUCAAGUCCCUCCUGAACCUCUCCAUCUGGCAUCCUAACCAGUCAACCACUAGGAGGGAGACCCUGAGCCACAUGCAGAAAGUGGCUCUGUUCAAACUCCAGAGCUAUUGGCUUCCCAACUUUUACACCCACGCCAAGAUGGCCAUGGCCAAGGAGGAAGCAUGCCAUGGUCUGAUGCAGGAAUAUGAGACACGCCUGUGCAGUAUUUGCUGCACCCACGCAGGAGGGCUCCCUCUGAACAUGACCAUCAAGAAGUACCACCACUUUCAGAAGCGGUACUCGAGCAGUAAAGCCAAGAGGAAGAUGUGGCAAUUGAUAGAUUCUGGCUCUUGGUCUCUGGACAUGGACUUUGAGCCAGAUACCAACACUAUGGCCCCGCAGGAGAUGUGUCCUCAAGAGAAGGUGGUUAUACAAGUGCCUUCCCUGAAAGUGCCUUCUUCAAAGGAGAGAAUAAUCAGUCCCCUGGGAAAGGAUAGUCACCAUGCCAGGAAGUCCGGCAUGAAGAAGAAAGCCAAGAGUCACCUCCACAUGGAGGGCCUCUUUGAGACGAAGUUCUCUACCCACCUGAGGACUGUCACCCCCAUCAUCAAUUACUCCUCCCAUCUAACUAUGAAGAAGGUCAUCAGUCAAAACCUCUCCAUCGGGUAUACCUACUGGGCCUUGUGUGCUGAUGCCUAUGCAGGAAAUCCUUUCCGGAACCACCUGAAGCAGCUGGAUUUGAAAGUGGAGAUCCAGCUUCUGGACCUCUGGCAGGACCUGCACCAUUUCCUCAGUGUCCUGAUGAAUAACCGGAAGAAUGGGGAUGCCAUAUUUCGUCACAUGCUGGGUAACAGAAUCUGUGAGCUCUACCUGAAUGAGCAGAUUGGUCCAUGCUUACCACUCAAAUCCCAAAUCAUUCAGGGCCUAAAGGAACAGCUGCCUUCUGGGAAUGUGAACCCCUGGAUUCCUAAAGCCCAGAAGGAGAUCUGCAAGAUGCUCAGCCCCUGGUAUGAUGAAUUCCUGAAUGAAGAGGACUACUGGUUUCUCCUUUUUACCACUCAACACAGGCUCAUCAGUGCCAAGUGGCAUAAAAGAGACUCUAUAAGCAAAGAAGAGAAUAUCGUUCUUUAUAAGAGGGUUCAGAAAUCUCUGGAGUUAAGCCAGGCUUUGGCUAGCAUGGAGGAAAUGGAUUCUAUGCAGUGGCAAAAGAUAGCUACCGAAGACCUGAAACAAGGAGGGUCUCUCCAGGUAGAGCUGUCGUCUCCAGUGUUUCUAGUAGAUGUGAGCAAAAUGUCCUUUGAGGAACUCUGCUAUAAGAAUCCAAAGAUGGCCAUAGAGAAGAUAAGUGAUGACUACAAAACGUAUUGUGAGAAACUACCCCAAAUAGAUUUUACAGUACAAUAUAUCAAGGAACCAAAGAUACAUGUACCCUCAGAAAGGAAAUUGUCCUUCUCCAGAAAAACUGGUUUAAGAAAGCCCUCUAUUAGACCCAGAAACUUGACAGAAGUCCUCCUAAAUACACAGCACUUGGAGUAUUUCAGGGAGUUCCUCAAAGAACGGAAGGCUGAAAGCCCGUUGCAAUUCCUGAUAGCCACACACAAGAUCUGCGUGGAAACCAAUGAAAAGACUUAUAAGUCUCUUAUGGAAAAUGUAAUCAAGACUUUCUUCCGUGGCAAACUCUCUCCUGAUUUCGCCACAUCGCCAUCCAACACACCAGGACGUUCAGUCUCAACCUCCACAAAUGUCCGGAGUGCAGAACAAGAGAAUGGAGAUAUAACCCUUAUAAAGCGCCGUAUAUUUGGCCACAAGAUUAUCGCCGUUAACUUUGCAGUCAAUGAUUUAUAUUUCUUUUCUGAAAUGGAGAAAUUUAACGAGUUGGUGAGUUCAGCUCACAUGCUGCAGGUCAACCGAACAUACAACGAGAAUGAUGUGGUCCUAAUGCGGUCCAAAAUUAACGUUAUUAUCAAGCUCUACCUGCAUUCUGACAUCCCUCCAAAGCUGAGGGUGAAUAUCUCUGAGUCCCAGAAGGAUGCCAUCCUUGCUGCCAUCGCAGAGGGCCAUCUGGAUCGGAGCAUCUUCCAUGGGGCUAUCAUGACUAUCUUCCCCAUCGUCAUGUACUUCUGGAAAAGGUUUUGUUCCUGGAAGGCAACGCGCUCUUACUUACAGUACAGGGGGAAGAAGUUCAAAGAGAAAAAAAGUCCUCCCAAGACUACGUACAAGUACCCUCAUUUGAGUGGAGGAGACCAGGCCACCUUAAGGUUCACCUUGCUCAGAGGUGUUGAGUGGUUGUGGCCUCAACAGCGGGAAGGAGGGACAAGUCCAGCCCCAAAUUCUUCAUCAAGCAACCUUACCCAGCCAAGACUUGUGCUAUCUACCAUGCAGCUGUAUCCUGUCCAGGGGCAAAAAGUACCCACCACCAAAAAGGAGAAGAAAUAA